AUGGCUGGAUAUACCCACACAGACCCUUUCGACACGGGCCGCCUUGCCGUUGGUACACUACACCAUAUCUACUAUGAACAAUACGGCAAUCCCAAUGGUAGACCUGUAAUAUUCCUUCACGGGGGUCCAGGCGGCCAAACCUCCAAAUCAAAUACAACCUACUUCAACCCAAAAAUCUACCGCGUAAUCCUGCUCGACCAACGAGGCACCGGCAAAUCCACCCCAAAAACUGAACUCCGCGAAAACACAACUCCAGAUCUAGUAUCCGACAUCGAGACUCUCCGUCUCCACCUGUCAAUCCCAAAAUGGUAUCUCCUCUUCGGUGGUUCCUGGGGCUCAACAUUAGCACUCUUAUACGCCCAAUCUCACCCAGAUAAAGUACAUUCCCUCCUUCUCCGCGGCGUAUUUACUACCCGUGACGCAGAAGUAUCCUGGAGUCGGGGUCCACAUGGCGCAGCGAAUAUCUUCCCUGAAGCAUGGGAAGCGUUCGUGGGAUUCCUUCCGUCAGAGGAGAGGGGAGAUCCUGUUGCGGGGUAUUAUAAACGGCUUACGGGAGAGAGUCACAAAGAGAGGAUUGCAGCGGCGAAGGAGUGGAAUAGGUGGGAUUUAAGGAUUGGGGAGUUGAAGUGUGAUGAACGGGGUUUCUUAGCGCUGGAGGAUGAGGGAUGGAGUUUGGCUCAUGCGCUUAUGGAGGCGCAUUAUGCUGUGCAUCAUUUUUGGUUGGAGGAGGGUCAGAUUUUGACGAAAGAGAAUCUGAAGAAGAUUAAACAUCUGAAUGUUACUAUUGUUCAGGGUCGUUAUGAUAUGGUCUGUCCGCCGCAGACGGCGUAUGACUUGCAUUGCGCUUUACCUGGUUCUACGUUGAUUUGGGUUCCCGAUGCUGGACAUAGUGGACAGGAGCCAGGAACGAGACGAGAGAUGUUACGGGCGUGUGAUAGAUAUGCUGAUCUUGCAUACUAG